GCCCCCUUGGCACGAAUGGCACGGCCACGGGACGUUCCCUUUGAUUUUCUCGAGUGCGCGACUGUUUUUGCAAUGUUGUGAACGUUUGUGACUCUCUGGUGCCGCCGAGGAGACCGUUUGGGACGCGUUGCGAACCCACCGCGGAGGCUGUUGUGUCUAGCGGCCGCGUUCACCCCGGGACGAUCCUCUCGGAGUCCUCUUGGAGUUUUGACAAGUGCAGGAGUCGGAUUGCAGGCAAUCCUCCCAAAGGUGGAUUGAGGACGCCCAGCGGAGCCCCACCAUGUCGCACCACAGCGAUGACAACAUGCUCAUAGCGAGCUCCGACUCGUUUUGGGAGCCCAACAACUACAAAAGGACGACCAAGCGAAUCGAGGAUGGGUAUAAACUCUGCAAUGAACUCAUCACUUUAGUGCAAGAACGUUCAGAUAUCGAGAAAACGUAUGCCAAAUCUCUGAAAAGCUGGAGCAAAAAGUGGAAUGACCUUAUUGAAAAAGGUCCCGAGUAUGGAACCACUGAAGCUGCUUGGAAAGGGGUGCUAGUAGAAGCUGACAGGCUGUGUGAUCUUCACCUUAAGGUCAAAGAUAAUCUUUGUAAUGAUGUAAUAACACAAGUAAAAACAUGGCAGAAAGAUACCUACCACAAGUCUAUGAUCCAAAUCAAAGAAAGGAAAGAAAUGGAGGAUCAGUUCAAAAAGGCACAGAAGCCCUGGUCGAAAUUACUUCAAAAGGUCAAUAAAGCCAAGCAAGAUUAUCACACUGCAUGUAAGACAGAAAAAUCGGCCGCUAAUCAAGAACGAAAUGCCAGUGGAGACAGCUCCUUAUCGCCAGAUCAGCGAGCAGUGUUGGUGAAAAAAAUGCAAGAUAGAGUUCAAAAGGUUAAAGAAGAUGUUCUGCGGGGAAAGGAAAAGUAUGAUCUGGCUUUACAAGAAAUUAAUGCUCACAAUCCAAAGUAUGUUGAGGAAAUGACAGAAGUAUUUAAUAAAUGUCAAGAAAUGGAAGCUGAUCGCUUACGGUUUUUCAAACAAGUUCUUUUCUCUAUGCAAAAAUGUCUGAAUGUGUCAAAUGAUCCUGUCUUGCCACAAAUUUACGACGAGUUUUAUCACACAGUCAAUAAUGCAGAUUAUGAAAAGGAUUUAAAGUGGUGGUCCAAUAAUCAUGGUGUCAACAUGGCGAUGAAUUGGCCCCAGUUCGAGGACUACACGGAAGAACUGCGGGAAAUUGCCAAGGCAAAGCUGAAGGACACCCUCCCUGCAAGUUCCAUAACUCUCAUCAAUCAACGUCCAGUCAGCGAGGAUUUGCAUGAAUUCCCACCAGUUAACCAAAGGGUUCCUGCUAAGAAACCUGUGAGCCGUGUCAUCCCAACUGAUGUAAAUGCUGAUGAUAGAAAGACGUCGCCAUCUGCUGGGCACAAUUCUAACUCGAAAACAGCUACAACUCCUACGUCAGCAGCUAACAAUGACAAAUCUGAUGGCUCCAACAAGACACCUACCAUUACGAAUGGCACGCCGCGGGCGGAAGCCAACCCGUUUGAAGAGGAGGAAUGGGAUGAGGAGGGCAAUGAGGCCCUCGUAGACAACGGUGAGCCUGGAGUCCCUGUACGAGCCUUGUACGACUACGAGGGAGCAGAAUCUGAUGAACUUAGCUUCAAGCAAGGGGAACAUUUUGAAAAGUUGGAAGAUGAAGACGAGCAAGGCUGGUGCAAAGGAAGGAAGGACGGCCGUGUGGGUCUUUAUCCUGCAAAUUAUGUUGAAGUUGUGUCGCAAUAACAUCCCAGUAUUAUCAGCAAACUACAAGCACUCGCCUGUUGGGCUGAAGACCUGUGCUCUUUUCUGUAUUUUGCUGUUCUGCCACAGUGUACUUACUUGAAGCAUCCCCUGUUUGUGUGGCUUCCUGGGACUUUAUCAGGGUAGACUUUUUUUUCCUCUGUUUAACUUCAAUGUGAAAAUUCUGAUGUAAGCAUGGGGUACUUUACUAUCACAUUUUGUUUGGAGACUCUAGCCAUGGAGGGUGAUAGUUGAUAAUUAUGUGCAUUUAAUAAUAAUGAACAUAAUUGAUUUCUUUUUCAUGAAGUAGUCUAAUUUUUUUGUUGUUAUUGUGAAUGUGUAUAUACCUGUUCAAGAAGGUUGUGACUUGGACCAAUUGUUUGGAUUUAAGUCGCUGGGUGGUGCUAAGUUGUACUUUUUUUUUUCCAGUAACGGUAGUCGGCUAAGUGUGACUUGGCCAUGCUCAAAGAAGAUUGUCUUGUUGCUGGACGAAUAGUCACAAAAAAGUGUGCUUUUCCCCACUUUCAUUAUAUUUUUCAAUAUCUUCAAUGGUUUGUGUACUCAUGUAAACUCACUUGUUAUUCAGUCAUUCAGUCUUAUUUGUACGUACUAAAAGAAAAGAAUAAGGUACAUAGGAAAGCUGGUCAGUGAUAAGUGGGGAAGAGCUGAAGCUCUUGAUGAUUUAAACUCUUGCUUUAUAUAUUUGUGGUACAGAUUUUCUCUGAUCGAUAUGUUCUGGACAUUGUUUACUUUCCUCUCAUUUCUCUCACAACAAAUAGUUUGAGUUUUUAUUGUCAAGGACUUAUGGUUGUUGAGCGCAGGUUUGCAUUUCUGUUUGUGAUGACUGCAUUGGUAUUUAUACUCUAGUGCUAGUAUUGUAUUAUUCUAAUUUUUUGUUGUCAGUGAAAUUUUUAUGAACCGGGGUCCUCCCGCUGCUCCAUGUUUAUUGCAGUGUCACUUCAUUGGGUUUUGGCAAAUCCUGACCGGUUUUAGUUUUGGAAGAUCUCUGUUUAUUAUUGUUUUGGUUGAUGCUAAGUUGUGGUUCAAAAAUUUGAGGUGGAAGCCAGUUGCAAACUGAUGGUGUCUAAAACAAAUUCAAAAAAUCUUAUUUUCUUGUCUCAAGAAAAUUUUAAGAUUCUCAUCUAGCUCGUUCCUUGUUAGCUCUUGGUCACUCCUGAGUAUUCAACAAUUUGUAUUACUCACGAGAAUGGUUAAUAGGAAUAGGUAAUGCAAGAUAGGACAUUUUUUAUGUGAUCAUAAUCAUGAGUAAUGUCACUUACAAGAUGCUGUAUCAUAUGGCUGAAAUCACAUUUUAGGUGGUAGGCAUCUUUGCCAGUACUGAGUGAUUGUAGAAUGCCACUCAGUGGUUAGAACUUCCUGAAAUAUAUGACAGGUCACUAGAAAAUUGGACUGGAGGCUAAAUCCAUGGAAUGUAUCCUCUGACCUGAUCAGUUCAAAUGAAAUUUUUGGUUUAGUAUGAGAAAAUUAGUAUGUAGUUUUAGGACACUUUUUUUUCUCAACUUUCUGACAUUUUGGCUCAAAUUAAUUGCAAUUUGUAGUUACACUACAGCUACUUUGUAUUCAUUCUUGUAAAAUCCAAUGACUGAACUAGAUUUUUUUAAAAUUUAAAUAGAAUGUUUUUUAGCUGACGACAUUGAAGUAGCAAAUUGACUUCUUGUACCACUGAUUAAAUUUAAACUUACUACAAUUUUGUAUGAAGGGUAGUUGAGAUUGUGAAAGAAAAAUAUUGCCUCAUGCAUUCCUACAGCUAUAACAUCUUCAUUCUGUUCUCUUCUCCUGUAAUUUACCAGCUAGGGACCAAGGCAUUUAAAUUGAUUUUUCAUGCAUUUUCUGACAAUUUCCACUUCUGUAUCUUCCAAAUUUAUCACUUGUGUUGCUUGGCACUGUCUUACAUCUGAAACAGAUUCGUUGAAAUAACCUUUCAUCCUCAUUCUUAAUUAUUUAUUAUUGUUGGAGGUAAUUAUAUAAUGAUUGCGUUUUCACAUUAACCAUGACCCAGUGAAAUGGCAGAGAGUUCUGUAUGUAUCAUACAUAUUGGCAUUUUAGCAUCACGGAAGACCCUAGUCGUAGAGUAAUAUAAAUUUUCAAAUGGGUCAUUCUUACAUCCAGUAACGGAAUGCACAGAUUUCAUUUAAUCCAGAGUAUGCGUAGGUAUCUUUUGUCAUUUACCUAGUGUAAAUCCACUGACUUUUUUAGACAUUCCAGUCUGAAUGCGAGUUGGCAGACAGUGUGUAUGUGUGUAUGGAUGUGUAAUAUAAAUCAAAAUGCAGUUGAUUCUGCUGUGUGUAUGUGUACAGUUGUAAGUUAUUUGUGUCAGAUUGAACCUCAUCAGUUUUAUUGCCUUAUCAUAUAUUUAUUCAUAGUUGUGUUGCAACUAUUGUUUAUUGUAUAGUUAGAUAUGAAUUUCGAUAAUUUAGCCUGGUCUGAUAUCUCAUUCAAGUGUGCUUCCAAACAUUUCCGUACUUUAGUUGGCAUGCUGAGUUCUGAGUCUUGUCCAUACUCUUUUGUUAAUUUAUCACAGGGCAAAAGGUUUUUGGUAACUCCUAAAUCAGAGUUACGCUAACCAAUACUGAUGUCAUGUGGAAAGUAGUAUAGUUACUACAACUGCAUGCAGUUUUGAGGUAGAGCGCUACAAAGUUAUGACCCUACUGUAAAUUGUGGUAUUGUGAUCACUGUAACUCCAACCCCAACUUAAACAAUUAUUUGUUAAAGCAUUGGUCAAAUCAUGUUACUUCAGGAAAUGAACAGUUGUACCUUAUAUAGAAUGUGUAUAGACUGAAGCAAUAAGCAAGAGCAAUUUAUCAGAAAAAUGUUGUCCUAGUUUUUCUGAUCUUUUUCAUAGGUCUUUUCAGCUUUGACAAGUUUUUAGGGACCUGUAACUAUGCCAAUCGUCAGUUUUCUACAGUUGUUUGAGAAAUGUGAUGUGUGUUUUUCUUCUCUGCUAUGACUGUGCUGUAAUUUAACAGCACAAGUCUACUGGUACAUAAGGCGUUGUUGUGCCCGUGAGCUACUUUUGUUCCUGGCUGAAAACUGCCUGAAUGUAAAUGCUGUUGGGUGAUACAUAUUAUUGCUUAAUCCUCACCAAUGUAAAGCUUCCAUUGUCAGUGGAAAAGGAGCAUGUCCCGGAAUUGUAAGUCACUACGGUAGUGAGACUGUCAAUCUGCUAGUCUUUUGUAUAACCCAUGUGACAGGUGUUACUAUGAAACUACCUUUUCAAACCUGGAAUCUUGCAACAUCCAGGUUUGCAGCUGUUGGGGCAGCAAAACUAUCUACAGAAUUAUUUUGUACAGUUAUGCAUUUUAGAACUUGAUUUUUAUCAUUUCUGUUUCAGUUAGAUCAUAAACAGGUGUUUAGAUUGUUGUUGAAUAUGUUGUUGAUUACUUUAUUAUAAAAAUUUAUUUACUUAGAAACUGUACAAAGCUUCUCUAUGAUGCUAUAUCUGACAAAUUAUUUGUUUUAUGUGGGUGUACAUAUACGGUCACUGGUUAGUGUGAUUUUUCACCUGAAAUUGUUCUGUUGAGAUUUGAUCAGGUUGCCAAAUUAAUGAUAUUAUCCUCUAGAGUUAAAAAGAAACAUUUCAUUCAGAAGAUUAAAAAGUGGAACUUUGUUUUGUAUAAUGUUGACUUGACAUUAUAUGUUGCAAGUGAAAGAAAAAUUUAGUGAUACGUCAUCAGAAUAAUGUAUCUAUAAAUAACAAUAUGAAAUAAUUAAAUUACUCGUAAACUGUU